UCCAUUUGGACGUCUUUGAGGCUGCUCAAUUCGUUACAGAAUUUAUACCAUGCUACGCUCCACCCCUACCGGCGACCGAUAUGAACUCACCAGCCCCACGGCUAUGCCCAAGGCGGGUGCGUUCUUGUGGAAUCAGAAGAUGAUGAUCCAAGUGACCUGUCGCGGGUAUGCCACAUCUCAAUUCAUGCAGCCGGAGCCAGCCAAAUACGCACAUGCGCCUACCAUCGAGGCGAAGACGUUCAUGCAACCCGAGCAGAACUAUUAUGCUCACCAUCCUGGCCGAUUCGUCUACAUCAAGGACGAGGAGUCGGGUAAGUUAUUCUCUGCUCCAUAUGAGCCCGUGAGAGCGCCGUUGGACAAAUUUGUUUUCUCCGUGGGGAAGAGUGACAUCUCCUGGACCGUCGAGAACAUUGGAAUCAGGGUUGAAAUGAGCUUCCGCCUUCCUGUUCAAGACGUAGCCGAACUCUGGACAAUCAAGGUGACGAACCUGAGUGACAGAAAGCGCAAGAUAAGCGUAUACCCCUAUUUCCCCAUUGGAUACAUGUCUUGGAUGAACCAAGAGGCCGAGUGGAAUCAUAGAUUGUGCGGCAUCGUCGCCAGUAGCAAAACGCCUUACCAAAAGGCCGAGGAUUAUCCCAAGAUGAAACAUCUGAAGGACAAGACCUACUUCCUCUGUGAGACAGAGCCAAUUGCUUGGGAAGCAAGACAAGAAGCCUUUGAAGGGGAAGGGCGCCUUGACGCUCCGUCCGCCUUAGAACAAGAGCAACUUGGCAACAGUGAUGCUCGCUACGAGACUCCCACUGCCGUUGUCCAAUACAGGAUGGAAUUGGCUCCGAAAGCCGCCGAAGAAUACCGCUUUCUGUUUGGACCAGCCUUGGACGAGGCUGAAAUCGACCAUAUGAAGGAGACUUAUCUCAAUGAGAAGUCCUUUAUCGACGUAUCCGACGACUAUGAGCGAUAUAUCGAACGCGGCAGUGGCUGCUUGAAGAUUGAGACGCCGGACAAGGGCCUCGACAACUUUGUCAACAACUGGCUUGCGCGUCAAGUCUACUACCACGGCGAUGUGAACCGUCUUACGACCGACCCGCAAACUCGCAACUACUUCCAGGACAACAUGGGAAUGAGCUACAUCAAACCUGAAGUUACCAGGAAGGCCAUCCUGCACGCUCUCUCCCAGCAAGAGCACACCGGCUCCAUGCCUGAUGGAAUCCUUCUGGCUGAGGGCGCUGAACUCAAGUAUAUCAACCAAAUUCCUCAUACUGACCACUGCGUCUGGCUCCCCAUCGCACUUGAGAUCUACCUGGCUGAAACAGCCGACUACGCCAUCCUGGACGAGAAAGUGACUACAAAGAACGGCGACACCUACACCGUCUUUGAACGCUCCAGCCGUGCCAUGGACUGGCUCCUCUCCGCCCGCGAUAACCGUGGCCUUAGCUACAUCGCCCAAGGCGACUGGUGCGACCCCAUGAACAUGGUCGGCGUCCGCGGCAUCGGCGUUUCGGGCUGGCUCACGGUGGCAACAGCGUACGCCCUCAAGGUCUGGGCCAACAUUGCCGAACAGCACAGCAGACCCGACGUCGCAGCCCGCUACCGCGCAGGUGCCAAGGAAGUCAAUGCCGCAGCGAACAAACACCUCUGGGAUGGGGACUGGUUCGCCCGUGGCAUCACUGACGAUGGCGUAGCGUUCGGUAUCAAGAAAGACGUCGAGGGCCGGAUUUGGCUGAACCCACAGACGUGGUCUAUCCUCGGCGGUGCGGCUUCCAAGGAACAGAUCUCCAGGAUCCUACCUCAGAUUGACGAGCACCUCACCACGCCUUACGGCGUCGUCAUGUUCGCGCCCCCUUACUCGGACAUGCGCGAAGACGUGGGCCGCGUCACGCAGAAGUACCCCGGCCAGGGUGAGAACGGCUCCGUGUAUAACCACGCUGGAGCGUUCUACGUGUGGUCGCUGUACACCAUCGGGGAAGCGGAUCGCGCGUACAAGACCCUGCGGCAGAUGAUCCCCGGCCCCAGUGAGGAGGAUUACAUCCAGAGGGGCCAGCUUCCAGUCUACAUCCCCAACUACUAUCGUGGAGCUUGGAAGAAGUAUCCUCGGACGGCGGGACGCUCGAGUCAGUUGUUCAACACCGGCACCGUGUCGUGGGUGUAUAGAUGUUUUGUCGAGGGGUUGUGCGGCUUGAAGGGCGAGAAGGAUGGGUUGAGCGUCAAUCCUCAGCUUCCCUCGAAUUGGGAGGGGAUCAAGGUGACGCGCUUGUUCCGGGGCGCGAGUUUCGAGGUUGAUGUGCAGAGGAGGGAUGUUAAAGGUGUCGAGGUCGUCGUUGAUGGGAAGAAGUUGGCUGGUGCGAAGAUUACGGGGGUGCAGAAGGGGAAGACGUAUAAGGUUCAGGUUUCGGUGCCGAAAUAGGGAGGGAUGGGUGGAUACGAGGUUGAGGUGGUGGAAUUAGAUGUGGUCGUCUGUCCUUUCCGUAUGGCGUUUGGGUAUAUGGGGGUAAUAACUUAAUGUUGAAUCUCCACUCAGCGCGAUGCGUCUGUUCUGCGUCUCAUUAACAUGUCGAAUGAGGAGCACCUACUUCAUCCACACUUCAGGCAGCGCGCCUUCCUCGCCAGGACGAACAACGCUAAAACAAGCGUAUUUCAACGACAGAUUGCAAGCCAGCAUACAUUGUCUACGAAGCCAAAAGCGAGAAUGCGUGGGUCUCCUCUCUAAGUAUAAUCCGGUAUCUCUCAAACCUUCAAUAUGUCUCUCUUUCAACUCUG